AUCCGGCUCCUUGGCUUCUUACUACCGGUACCGGCAAGCCCUCGCCCGCUCUAUUCUGCUCCAGACUCUCCUUGGUUACUUACGCCCGGUACCGGCAAGCCCUUGCCCGCUUCUAUUCUGCUCCAGACUCUGCUAUAAUAUCCUCUCGCAAUCUCAUAGAUCGGAGUGGUGGUUGAGGAAGAGAGAUUCUUCCAUGGAUGCCGCGGCUCAGUUUCUCCACUGCGACAUAAAUUGCCUUCGCCGACCGCUCGUCUCGGGCGUGCAUGGAGGACGCAUGAGAGUACGCCGCCGGGCCUUUCCGUCGCGUUUCCGAGUGCGGCGGUCAGACGUGGUUGCUGUGGCCACGGAGCCGAAGCCUGGGACUACCUUAGCUUCGUCUCCGGCCAAGUCGAGGGUGCCUCCCAAUGGAUCUAUCAAUGGAGCUACAAAUAGGAUUGGGAAUGUAUCGGAUGAGAUCAAGAGGGUCAGGGCUCAGAUGGAAGAGGACGAGCAGUUGGCAACGCUCAUGAGAGGCCUGCGGGGGCAGAACCUCUCCGAUUCGCAGUUUGCUGAUGAGAAUAUCCGACUACGCCUUGUUGAGGUAACAGCAGCAGAGAGUAGCGAAUCCUUACCUCUUGUGUAUGAUCCAGACAUUAUUUCUUUGUAUUGGAGCAAGCGCCCAAGAGCUGUUGCAACUCGUAUAGUACAAUUACUGUCUGUUGCUGGUGGUUUUCUAUCUAACUUAGCAUUGGAUCUGAUAAAGAAGAAGAUUAAGGAGAAUGAAGUUACAAGAGCUAUUGAACUAAGGGAGAUUGUGACAUCUCUCGGUCCAGCUUAUAUUAAACUUGGGCAAGCAUUGAGUAUUAGACCAGAUAUAUUAUCACCUGCAGCCAUGACUGAGCUACAAAAGCUUUGCGAUAAGGUCCCUUCAUUUCCGGAUGACGUAGCUAUGGCCCUUAUUGAAGAAGAGCUUGGUCAGCCUUGGCAUGAAAUCUACUCAGAGCUUACUGCUUCACCAAUCGCUGCGGCAUCCCUUGGGCAAGUUUACAAGGGUCGAUUGAAAGAAACUGGUGAGUUGGUGGCCGUUAAAGUACAAAGACCUUUUGUUUUAGAAACCGUAACGGUAGAUCUAUAUGUUAUCAGGAAACUUGGCUUGUUUCUCCGAAGAUUUCCACAGGUUUCCAUUGAUAUUGUUGGAUUGGUAGAUGAAUGGGCUUUUCGGUUUUUUGAGGAACUUGAUUAUGUGAAUGAGGGAGAAAAUGGCACUCGUUUUGCUGAAAUGAUGAAGAAAGACCUCCCUCAGGUUGUGGUACCCAGGACGUAUCACAAAUAUACAUCAAGAAAGGUACUCACCACUCAGUGGGUAGAUGGAGAAAAGUUAUCGCAAAGCACAGAAAGUGAUGUUGGGGCAUUAGUCAAUGUUGGAGUAAUAUGUUACCUAAAACAGCUGCUUGAUACUGGCUUCUUCCAUGCUGAUCCGCAUCCUGGUAACAUGAUUCGGACGCCUGAUGGAAAAUUAGCCAUUCUAGAUUUUGGUCUUGUUACAAGGUUGACUGAUGAUCAAAAAUAUGGAAUGAUUGAAGCAAUUGCACACCUGAUUCAUCGUGAUUACAAUGCCAUCGUGAAGGAUUUUGUCAAGCUUGGUUUCAUUCCCGAUGGUGUUAAUCUUGAACCGAUAUUGCCAGUGUUAGCCAAAGUUUUUGAUCAAGCACUUGAAGGAGGUGGCGCAAAGAACAUUAAUUUUCAAGAAUUGGCAUCAGAUUUGGCUCAGAUAACCUUUGACUAUCCGUUCAGAAUACCACCUUAUUUUGCAUUGAUUAUUAGAGCAAUAGGAGUACUGGAAGGCAUAGCAUUAGUGGGGAAUCCUGACUUCGCUAUUGUAGAUGAAGCAUAUCCUUAUAUUGCGCAGAGACUUCUAACUGAUGAAUCCCCGCGGUUGAGGAAUGCACUAAGAUAUACUAUAUAUGGAAAAUCUGGGGUUUUUGAUGCUGAAAGGUUUAUUGAUGUCAUGCAAGCAUUUGAGAAUUUCAUUACUGCCGCUAAAAGUGGUGGUGGUGAGGAUCUAAAUGGGAAUAUGGCUGGCCUCGGUAUUCUGCCAAGUCAAACAAAUUCUUUAGUUCCAGGCUUCCCAAUGAUAAUAUCACAGCAACAAAAGCCGAUUAAAACAAGGGCAGCCCUUGCCUUUCUCUUAUCUGAUAAAGGAAACUUUUUCCGAGAAUUUAUUCUGGAUGAGAUUGUUAAAGCAAUUGAUGCAGUUUCAAGAGAGCAGCUAGUACGAAUGAGUGCGGCCUUCGGAUUUGGAAGUAUAGCUCCAAUUUUUAGUAUGGUUCCUCUCAAGCCCACGUCUCUGCUACCUACAAUUACAGAGGAGGAUGAAGUUAUAUUGAACAACGUGGAGAAAGUGUUCAAGUUUCUAACUGCUGGAACCUCGACUAUGACAGCUAACCAGGAUGUAAACAUUGCAAAUAUCAUACAAGAACUCCUCCCAGUAUUGCCCGGCAUCUCCGCCAAAGUGUUGCCAGAGUUGUCUAGCAGGCUAACUUCGCGUGUUCUGGCUCGUUUGGUCCGAGACACAUUUUUGUAGAAUAAUGCGAGGAUUUCUUCUACACAGAAGCCUUUAUCAACAGGUCUUUUUUGUACAUCUUUAUUUCUUAUACCAUUAGCUUCAUGAUGUAUAAAUUAAUAAAUAUAUGAGAAAAAGCUCCCCCUGCAGCUAAUCCAGCGUUGAAAAUGACCUGGUGUUGGCUAAAAUCUUCAUAGGGGCAUAUGAUUUUUACUUGAUAUAUGUACCGUUAUGUCUUCAUCUGUACAAACUCAUUGCCAAGUUUGGUAGUGAGCUUUCAACUUUCAAUAUAGUGUUUGUCAAUAUAGAAAAGUUACUGUGCGCAAAACUUAUGUACAA